AUGCCCCGACGCUGUGCUCGUAUCUCGCCAGCGUCGGCAUGCGGCGGAUGGGUCGUCGACGUGCCCAAGACAGGGGCAUCUACCCUGCUCGGCGGAGUGUGGAAGCUGCUGGAGACCCCGGGCGGCAGCGGCGGGGGGGAGACGUCCUCGGUGGUUGCACGGCUGUUCCUGGACAUGGUCGCCCAACUCCCCGCGUGCGUCGGCCCCGCGUUCGCACAUACCCUCCCGCUGCUCACCCACCCCAACACCGACGCGCGCGUGGCGUACCAUACGCUGCAUAACGGGGCCACCCACAUGCUGGUCGCGCUGCUCCACGGGAUCCGGGAGGGGGUCCCGUUCGACAUGGCCAAGAUGCUGCGCGCGCUAGGGGCGAGGCCGAGCGGAUGGUCCACCGGUACUGGGGGCGUCGACUUUGCCCACGUGGAGGAUCCCGCUGACCCCCGCUGUUUGACACCCGACACGCCCGCCCGACGACAUCGUGGUGGAGGCGACGACGUGGCCGACGGCGGUUUCGCAGCGGUUUGUGAGCGAGAUGUGCCGCCCGGUGCCCGUACUAUCGCGGCGUUCAAACACCUGCCCACGCCAUUGGACGACACCCACAAGACGCGCGCGCUGGGGGUCAGCGAUCUGCACACGUUCAGGGAGACGAUGCUGCUGCAGGCCCUCGUGUACACGACCAAGAAGAGCCGGGUGGACGAACCCACCCAUCUCCCCAUCCUCGCGGACCCGGGGCACGAGGCCGAGCCCACCGCGCUCGCACACACGACGUUACGGCGCGUCUACCUCCGGCGAUACAAGCUCGAUCUGCAGGCCAAAGCCGCCGCGGAGGACAUAGUGCUGAUGCGGGAACGGGCCGCGGCGGUGAUGGACCCACCCACGAUGGAUGACUUUGUGCGUGUGGUGUCGCAGGGUGUGGCACGAGGCCCGCGACGGUGUGUGCUGGGCAGCGCGAGUUGGGGGCAUCGUAAACUGGAGUGGUUCAUCACCGGUGGGGCUGGCGUAGGAGCGGCGGAGACAACGACGACGACGACGACGACGACGACAACAACAGCAAAAUGGAACAGGGGCAACAUGCUCACCCCCUUCCGCCGCAAACUCUGGUAUGCGAUCUUCGAGACCCUGGAGGGUGGCGAGCAAGUUUGGAGGUAUGUGAGGAAGAUGCAGCGGCGGGAGAGGGUGCAUCGGUAUCGGGGCCUGCAGACCGUCAGCGGUGAUGGGGAGGAGAGCGACAUUGGGAAGCGGAAUCGACACGGCCAUGGGAAUGAUUUGCCGAGCUAUUGGGCGAUGGGGUUUGCGACGAUGGAGGUGAUGAAGGCGCGCGUGGAUGCGGCGGCGUGGGAGGCGUAUCGGAGGGAGCAUUGGAGGUGUUGUGGGUUUGUUGGGGGGGAGUUUAUUGGAUAG